UGUGCUUUGUACCAUGGUAUGUAUACGUACAUCCUGUUUGUGGUAUUUUUGAAUUUCAUUGGUUCUUCCGAAUCGUCCAAUUACGAACAGUGGAUUGAAGGAUGUACACUCAUAGGAGUGCGGAAGGAAUUGGCGGGACGUGCUCGAACUUGCAUUUGUGGUCAAGUUGACGGCGUGAUUAGGGACGUAGGUAUUUGCCGAACGCGUUAAAGUUAUACUUUAUUAUAUUGUAAUCCUCGGAUUGUUGUUAUUAGAAGAAGUUAAUAGGUACCUAUUUCUGCGAAAAUGGGAUCGACAGCUGUUUCUCUUGCAUCUACUGUGUUAAAUCAAGAUAAUCAGGAUGAGGCAGUGGAAGAUAGUGGCCCUCAGUUAAUAAAGUCAUUGGAGUCUCAUGGAAUUAGUGCAGCAGAUGUGAAAAAACUUCAAGAAGCAGGAUAUCAUACUGUAGAAUCGGUUGCUUUUGCCCCCAAAAAGCACUUGAUUGUCAUAAAGGGAAUUAGUGAAGCCAAAGCAGAUAAAAUUCUAAUGGAAGCUACAAAGCUUGUGCCUAUGGGCUUCACCACUGCUACUGAAGUGCAUAUGCGACGCGCAGAUAUUAUACACUUGACUACUGGCUCCAGAGAGUUGGAUAAGUUACUAGGAGGUGGAAUUGAAACUGGUUCAAUUACUGAAAUUUUUGGUGAAUUUCGCACUGGGAAAACUCAGUUAUGCCAUACUUUGGCUGUAACCUGCCAACUUCCUAUAGACCAGAGUGGGGGGGAAGGAAAGUGCUUGUAUAUUGAUACUGAGGGGACAUUUCGCCCUGAAAGAUUGCUGGCUGUAGCUGAACGAUAUAACUUGUCAGGAAACGAUGUCCUUGAUAACGUUGCUUAUGCCAGAGCAUACAACACUGAUCAUCAAACUCAGCUCCUUAUUCAAGCUUCAGCUAUGAUGGUAGAAUCAAGAUAUGCUCUACUAAUUGUGGACAGUGCAACAGCUUUGUACCGAACUGACUAUUCUGGUCGUGUUAUAACUAAUCAAGUUGUUGCUCAAGUUGAUGGUGCUGCUCUUUUUGCUGCUGAUCCGAAGAAACCCAUUGGUGGGAAUAUUAUUGCACAUGCAUCAACUACAAGAUUAUAUUUGAGGAAGGGCAGAGGAGAAACAAGGAUAUGCAAGAUUUAUGAUUCACCAUGUUUACCUGAAUCUGAAGCAAUGUUUGCCAUUAAUACAGAUGGUAUUGGGGAUGCAAAAGAAUAAUCCUUUCCUUUUUUUGUGAAUUAAUUUAUUAUGAACGUGAUUGAGUGAUUGACGUAUGCAGAAUGUGGCACAAGACUACAUUGUCACAUCAGUUGUGAAAGAAUGAAUGCAUUGUAAAUAAGAUUGUUUUUAGAAUUUUAUGAAUUGUAAAUUACAAGAUUGUAUCAAAUACACUUAUAUUGUUUUUGAAGUUUUAAAUUUUUGAAGUUUUUUAUUUGUUAGUUGCCUGGAAUGAUAAAAUA